UUAAUGGAAAGCCGAUUUGGAUGCAGUGUAAAAUUGAAACCGUUUUGCUUCUAUCCAAGAGUACAGUGAAAUAACCAAAUACAACCUAUUUCAUUAUAAAUUUAAAGUGAAUUUUCAGUCUUUAAUAGUUUGGUGUACUUUAUUGCCUGUAAAAGUGGUUGAAGAUGUUGGGUGCCUGACAGGCAGUGUUAUUUGACUUGUGGAAGACCAGGGAUCAAUUCUGUUAACAACAAAGAGAAGAUAGCAAGAUGUUUCAGAAACAAACAUUUGGUGCGAGCACUUCUGCUUUUGGUACAUCAACAACACCAUCUUUCGGUAGUUUCAAGCCGACAACUGGUACUAAUGCGUUCGGUGCACCUCCGGCAUUUGGGGCCACGGCCACGCCUCAACCAACUACUGGUGGAGGUCUAUUCGGCUCCACCAACACCACGGGUGGCCUAUUUGGUAGUUCCCCAGCAUCUACUUCGACCCCCGCUUUCGGUGCAACAACAGGCGCCUUCGGGUUUGGAGCCAAUACAUCCACUGGUGGCCUAUUUAGUAACAACCAGUCGACCGGCCUAUUCGGUAACACCCAGAAUACUUCCGCUUUCGGGGCAAAGCCUGCAGGUUUUGGAUUCGGUAAUACAUCGACAACGGGUACGACGGGAACUGGCCUAUUCGGUUCCACUCCGUCUACAAGUACUGGGUUAUUCGGCCAGCAGAAUACUACCUUAGGGGGUGGUGGCCUAUUCAAUAAUACUGCCGGUGCAUUUGGACAACAGCAAGCUCCGACUGGUACUGGACAUGUUAAAUACAAUCCCGUUGUGGGCACGGAUAUGGUGGUCAAGUCUGGCACCUCGCAGAAUGUUAACAUCAAACAUCAUUGUAUUACUUGUAUGAAGGAAUAUGAAGGUAAAUCUCUGGAGGAGCUGCGGCUUGAGGAUUAUACGGCGGGACGUAAAGGCGCCUCCGCUGGUAUGUUCUCCAGCUUCCAGCAGCCGACUGAGAACAAACCAUUGUUUGGUGGAUCUACAUUUGGUCAACCUGCUACAACUAGCGCUCCUCUAUUUGGUGGUGGUUCUUUGGGAUCUACUGGUUUUGGACAGACGAAUACGUUUGCGUUUGGUGGAAAUACACCAAAUCAAACAACAUCUACCGGUUUAUUUGGUAAUAAGCCUGCGUUCGGAGCUACUAGCACAACUGGUACUGGUAUUUUUGGUGCAUCAACAACUCAAGCACCAACUUUUGGUACAACAACACCCAGCUUUGGUGCCUUUGGUUCGACCACUCAGAACCAACAACAGAGCACCGGUCUGUUCGGCAAGCCAGCUACCACUGGAUUCGGCACGACACCCGCCAGCACUGGCUUUGGUGGCUUCGGCGGAGGACUGUUCACCGCCAAGCCUCAGCAGACCACUGCACCCACUUUUGGCACCUCCGCGCCCUCUGCUUUUGGCAAUUUGUCUACGGGUUUCGGUACGAACACCUCGAAUUCCGGUUUCUUCAGUAACUUCGGCAAACCGAAUACAACACCGAUGUUGGGUGGACAGACACAGAAUACUGGCUUUGCGACAGGUCUAGGCGGCGGUUUAGGCACAUCAUUCCAGGCAAAGCCGGCUGCUGCGCCUGCUUUCAGCAAUCUCGGCACCGGCUCACUGUUUGCACAACCUCAGCAGAAUAAUACCUUCAGGACUGGUCUGGACAGUGGUCUAGGUAACAGUAUGUUUGGUGCGACUCCUUCACUUGGCACUGGUUUGUCUCUUGGAGGAUUCAAUGCUAACACUACACAAGUACUCGGCGGUGGCAGUGCUGCGGGCGGUGGUGUUCACGAGCAGAUAUUGACUCUAGCUGCACGACCUUAUGGUGACUCUCCGCUGUUUAAGGAUCUGCUGCCUGAUUCUGGUGCAUCAGCGGAAGAAGCAUUAAAACCAACUAAUCCAGCUGCAUUGAAGGCGGCUCUGGACACAGCGUACAAAGUCGCCUCACCAACCUCCGGCAGACUCAGGGUUAUACCAACACCUUCUAUAACACAUGAUAAGAAAUCAUUGUUUGAUGGCUUAGAAGAAUCAGAUCCGAGUUUAGAAGACAAGUUAUCUUUGAAACCGAGUCGUAAAAGAUUAGUACUGAGACCAAGUGCGGUUAGAAAUGAUGCCAGAGAUGCUGAGAGUACUGUUGAUAGUGUUAAUAGAGUGGUAGUAAAGUGUCUUGGGCUGAAAAAGAAUAAUUUGGAUAAAGAAAUGCCCGAAGUAUCUGAAAGGCGCGCCAGUUGGUUGACAACUAAGCCACUACGCAAGCCGUUGGCUUCUAAUUCGGAGGCUGCGGAGAAUUCUGUGCGGGAGUUAGCAGUGCGGCCGCAGAGGUCCUUGGACAAGGAAAAUGUAGACUCCAGUUCUGUAUCAGAAGAAGAGAACGUAAUAGAACAAGAGGCACCUCCUCAUCCAGCCGGCAUCAAACUGCAGCGUCCCGGAUACUAUACAAUACCGUCUCUAGAAGACUUGAAAGAUUACAUACGUCCAGAUGGCUCUUGCGUUGUUCCCAAUUUUACCAUCGGACGUAAAAACUAUGGGAAAGUGUUCUACGAUUGUGAAAUGGACGUUGCUAAUCUUGAUUUGGAUACGUUGGUACACUUUUUAAACAAGGAAGUGAUCAUAUACCCGGAGGAUGCAGACAAGCCGCCAAUUGGUCAGGCUUUGAAUCGCAAAGCUGUCGUCACUUUGGACCGCGUGUGGCCGCGUGUGGCCGCGUGUGACAAGACACAGAGACGACUUAUUGUUGAUCCUGACAGGCUCAUGAAAAUGGACUACGAAGGUAAAUUGAGACGAGUCUGUGAGAAACACGAGACGAAAUUCAUAGAGUAUAGACCACAGACUGGAAGUUGGGUGUUCCAAGUGGAACACUUCAGUAAGUACGGUCUAACAGACUCUGAUGAGGAAGAUGAACCCACUCCGGAUGUUUUGAAGCGACAGUUGGUGAAUCAAACGCUGCAGAAGACGGCUGCUCCAGGUAUUCGGUCUAGAUAAAAAUUGCACCUAUCCAUAUUUGAGGACAGUAAAAACUGAACCGAAGACAGGUCGAGAUGGUAUGGUACGUAUUGAAGAUGAGAUAAAAGAUGUAUUCUACGAAGCAGAUUAUAUACAUUGGGAUUCAGAUACAAGCAGUGACGGUGAAGAUGAACCAUACAUUAAGAAAAGGAAAGUUCCAAACCUUUC